AUGAUGCUUCUGGAGACAAACAGCUCGGGACUGAUGCUAUGCAAUGCCAAAGCAGUUGUCCUGGCAGCCGCACAUCUCUACAGCGCAACCAAGCUCAUUCAAGCAUCGAGCGAGCCAUGGGAGGAUAUGGACUUCGUUGUUGACCGUGAGAACGAGGUUGCUCCUUUCGUUUCGCCUGGUGAUGGCUCUGUGAACAAUGCCGCAACGCAGUACUGCCUCGCCAUGGGGUUCAAAGUCAAGCAGCUCGCUGGCAAGGGACGAGUCAAAUUUCCAAAGGAAACGAAAGACCACCUGAAGCUGACCAACACAUCACGAUUCGUCCCUGAAGGCUCUGGUAUUACAGACCCACACUCAACCAGACAUCGCCACGAAGCUGCUACAAGAAGCACACUAGUCCACAAAAAGGGCGUGGACUUGAGCCGUCUCUACUCAGCCCUCAAGGUCUACGCCAAGACACACGGAAUGCAAGACCCUGCCAUCGCCAAACAACGGAAGGAGACCCGAAAGCUCAGUACAAGCCAGCUCCUCACCGUAAUUCAGGAGAUUCUGCUCGGCGACGACGUCUACCUACACUUCAACCUCUAUCACUUCUACACGAACGUGCUCACUAUCAUGCACAAGGUCCGCGAGGCAUACUACAAGCACCCGAGCAGCGUAAGCAAAUCACACGACCUAUCUAUCGCCGCGAUCGUCAAUGAGAUCCUCUGGGAUGCCGGCCAAGUCGAGAAAGCUGGACGCAGUAUGGGCAACACGAUGCUCUACCAAGUCGGUGAGAUGAUCGACUUCGCUGCGCCCCUCCGCAACAUACUCUACGACUUCAUCCCUCCCCAACCCCCACUCACACACCACCCUCACCUACCUCUUCCCCCAAGCAAAGCUUCAACACAAUCCCCGACCCCACACCCCACCCGACCCCACCCCACCCCACAACCGCGCUUCCCGGCAAACACACACACCACGAAACCCUCAACCUCUACCACCGCCACAGCACCUUCAACUUCCACCUCCACAGCGGGGCAGCACAACAGCCAGAGCGACACCCACUGUCGGAACCGCGCCAAGAGGUCCGAGACGUUGUGUUCAGACCCCGGGACUACCGCAUGCAUCCGGCGGGGGAAGAGCGCGUUUUGGGUAUCAGAGCUGGCGCGAUGA